AUGUUGUACUAUACUGUAUACAGAUUCGUAAUAUUCGUCUCAAAUAACUAUCCGUCUUCACUUACAAAGACUUUCCAUUUGAAAGUACCCACCCAGGUUCAAUACUCUUACGCGAUGGUCAUACAAACCAUUGUCACAGUUGAAAGCCCCCAGUCUAGUAUCACUGACUCUUUACGUACUACUAUCCCCCAUCUACGUGUCCACGCCGGUCCAUUCUUCUGGAGCGCGCUCCUUCCAAUCAGUGAUGGUUCUCUAUGGAAGGAAAAUCUACGCGCGAUUCUUUAUAUAGCUCUCCUUGCCAAUAUUCAGGUUCCCUGGGUCCAUAUUAUUAUCACCAAGCCAUCCGCAAAAUAUCUCUAUCAAAGACUCCCUGGACUCAAAUGCUGGAUACAUAUUGUACCCGUCAUCGUCUUAGAAGCUAUUAUUCAUUGGCUGGUAGAAAUGUACACUCUAGAACUCGCGACAUCUCUGUACAAUCUGACAGGCUUCAUCGAUGUCGAAGAUCUUGACCUAGAAGGUAUCCAGGUAUCACGUCGAGGCUAUAGGCUUGGCGCUAUAGGCCUGGUCCCGUGUUUUAUAACGUGUAUGACUACACUUCCAAUACGAACAGUUUGCCUCCGGAUUGCGGCCUCUACGCUGCCGGAUGAUGACGAGCCGAUUGUACCACUCGAUCCGAGAAUGAAACCGAAUCUCCCAUCUGGUACCCUCAAUAUAUGGAGAGAUUUACCGGAUAGGACAUGGACGCGAAUCUGGAGAUAUCAAGCUCAUGCGUGUAUUUUAUCAGCGAGCAUCUUCUUUCUGGGCAAGAUGACCUACAAUGACUUCCAUAGGUUUGCCACUAUUCCCAUGAUUCGUUUUAAUUAUUGAUGAGAUCUCCCUUCUAUCGCAAUUCUUUUCGAACAAUAUUCUUACCCGACAUGCUUAGCUAGUUAGUUGGGGCGGCUGCCGACGGUUAUGGUAAAAUCCUUUUGUCAUUUUUAAGAUACAGAGAAGAGUCAGCCUCAGAUACUCUGCCCACUAUUAUUCGCUCGUCCCAGAAGAAGAGAAGUAGUCACCCCUUUGGACCCGACCGAAUGUCUGUUAUAAUAGAUCAGCGCGAUUCUCUGAGCGAGGAGCCAGUGACUUCCAUAGUAGAGUGGGUAUCAGAUGGCUCGGUAUCCGAGUCGAUGGUAGAUCCUUGCGAAAGAACAGAUGGUCUAUCAUCUUCAAGAUAAUUGCCUGCCAUUUUUUAGGAGCCAGGAAAGCUCUGUAUAAUUUCACUAUAUGUAUUUAAUAUCUACUGUACAAGAUGGGUUGUGGCUUAUUUAACAAGUCUCUGGGUAGGUUCCUCAACUAUGCGCCAUUAUGUUUGAUGCCAGUAGAAGCA